AUGACAAGUUUAAUUGGAAGAUUUCAAAGAGAUUUACCCUAUCUUGAGAACAAUCAAAUUCCUUUAACUUCUUCAGAUUAUAAGGGAGAACCUGAAGAGAAACUGAGAGACGAUGAUGUGAAAGUACUUUGCUUGGCACUUUUAAAAAACGACAAAUUCUCGGGUCCCCUUGAUUUAUCCAAUAACGACUUAACUGAUUUGGUAAUAUUUGAUUUUAAUACCUUUUAGUCAGCUCUCUACUUAUCAGAUGUCUUAAAUAAAGUUGGAGGAUAAAAUAUCACUGAGCUUAAUCUAUCAAAAAACAAUCUUUAGUACAAAACUGGCAUUUACAUCGGAGAUGCUCUUGUUUAGAACAAUCAAUACCCAAUUAAUCACAUUGCAUUGAGAGAUAUUUAACUCGAUCUAGAGGGAGUCACCAGACUUAUGAAUGGAGUGAAUUAGAAUAAGAAUAUUAAGAGAUUACAUGUAGGCAUCGUUGAUAAUGAGGGUCUUCUAAAGUUAGCUUAACAAGUUGGGCAAUAUAGUAGAACUCAGCAUCUAGUUAGAUUUGAAUUUUAAGAAGAGGAGAAAGAGCCAUGGAGUGAUAAGGCUAUGUAGGAAAUAGUUUUCAGUGUAUCAGUUUCUGAAUUAGAAUACGUUAAAUUCACUACUAGUCCAGGCAAAGAGGAAGACGAGAGAUACAGAACUCUUAAACAAGAGAUUGAUUUCCACACAGAGAAGAAAAUUGCAACACAUAAGAAAUAAAAGAGAUUUGAGGAUAGACAGGAGUAGUGCAAUACUGAUAAAAUGUUUGAAAACAUAUUGGCUUUAAUUGAAACAAAGGAGGCAUAAAAGAAAAUGCCUGUGAGAAAAUUCUUCAACAAUACCUUCGGAACUAUUCUUAAUGAUGCUAUUUUCGCAUUAAAGAAGAAGUAAUCUAAAGAGCCAUAGAAUGAGCAGCUCUUUACCAAAAGAGGCUCAGUAAAGUUUGUAGCCAUGUACAUACUCGAGAACUUGCCAUAGCAUGAAAGAGAACCAGAUCUAUAUGAUUCUAGCGACAGCAGAGAUGGUGACUGA